CGCUCUACCUCUCCCGCAUCCCCAGGUGGAACGCUCUCCGCACCGCCUCUGCGAGGAUUCCACCGCGAGCCGCUUCCUCCCUCGUCUUGAUUUCUCCGCCGCCCCGCUCUGCUCUAGAUGAUAGUCCUAAGCUCUGCUGAUUGAAUCUUCGAUGGCUUCGACUAAUCAAUACCUCAAAGAAUCAAGAACCUCGUAUUUCCUCGUGAUCUGUUUCGUCCUGGUUUUCAUCUGAUCGAAGGACUCCGUCCGAUCUCUUCUUGGGAUCCCCAUCGCGUUCGGGCUUUUUGGUCGAACGGCUGGGAGGCGUGAAAGAAGAGUGAAAAGUCAAGGGUUCUCUUUUUUUGAUCGGGAUGCCGUUCGUGAGACCUGAUCCGGCGGCCAUGGAUGCGGAGCCGUUCGUGGAGAUGGACCCCACGGGACGAUACGGGCGGUACGACGACCUGCUUGGGACCGGCGCCGUGAAGCGGGUCUACCGGGGGUUCGAUCAGGAGGAGGGGAUCGAGGUGGCGUGGAACCAGGUCCGUCUUCGUAGCUUCGUUCAUGACCAGCAGAUGCAGGACCGGAUCUUCGCGGAAGUGAGGCUGCUGCAGUCGCUGCGGCACGACAACCUCAUCGCGCUCCACGACGUGUGGACGGACGACGACGGACGCAGCACGCUCAACUUCAUCACCGAGUUCUGCAACUCCGGCAGUCUCCGUGAGUACCGGAAUCGGCACCGCCACGUGUCGCUGAAGGCCCUCAAGAAGUGGUCACGCCAGAUACUGUUGGGCCUCGAGUACCUCCACAACCGUGAGCCCUGCAUCAUUCACCGCGACCUCAAUUGCUCCAACGUCUUCAUUAAUGGCAAUGUUGGCCAAGUGAAGAUUGGGGAUUUAGGGCUUGCUGCAGCCGUGGAGAAGAGCCACGCGGCUCACUCCGUACUGGGGACGCCGGAGUUCAUGGCGCCGGAGAUGUACGAGGAGGAGUACACGGAGCUGGUGGACAUCUACUCUUUCGGAAUGAGCGUGCUGGAGAUGGUGACCCGCGAGAUCCCCUACAGCGAGUGCGACAACGUCGCCAAGAUCUACCGGAAGGUGACGACCGGGGUGAGGCCGGCAGCCAUGGCGAAGGUCAAGGACCCGGAGGUUACGGCCUUCAUCGAGCGGUGCCUCGGCAGGCCACGGGUUCGACCUUCCGCCUCGGAACUCCUCAAUGACCCAUUCUUCCAUGGCAUCGACGAGGAUGGCCCCAGCUCUGCGCCGCCUCCGCCCCCUCUGCCGCCGCAGCCAUGGCCGUCGGCGCUUCUUGCAGGCCUCGCUCUCCUACAUCGUCAGCGGCCAGCAGUGCCGACAUCACUUCCCUCCCGGAUUGGUUGAGACAAUAAAUGGAGCUGGUUCGAUCGCUGACCAUUUGAUUCCCUUUUCUAGUGUACAUUAGCAGCAGUUUACUUGUGCGUUCUAAUACAUAGUAGUCGUGGUAAUAGAUUGAUUUGGCAGAGGUUACAUUUGUUGAUUUCUUUGGUUAAGAAAUGUUAAAAUAUUUGAGUUCGUCUGCUUC